CACAUCUUUGUCGACGGAGCCAAAUGUGCAAAUGGCACCGGGUACGGAAUUUUCAUAAAUUGGAGACUUGACCAAAAAACACCGCCCCUUGAAUUGUCGGGCGUUUGUGGUAUACAUUCCACCUCUAAAGAGUCAGAAUAUGAAGCCAUAAAAGUUGCACUGAAAGUGAUUCAUGAAUCUUUCUCAAAUAAUGCAAUCAUACCAUACAAUUGUGUUAUCUUCACAGACUGUCAAAGUUUCCUAAAGAACCUACUAUCAAAUCUGCCAGUACCAAAACUGACUAAAAUUAAUAGUUUCAUUAGGAAAAUAACCACUACCUUCAACAUCCAACUCAUCUUCCAAUGGAUCCCUGCCCAUUCAAAUAAUGAAGUGCAUAAUAAAGUACACAACAUGGCAAAGGAUAGUGCACACACACACCCAAAACAGGAUGACAGAAAAGUAUCUCUUGAAGCGGCAAAGGCCAUUAUAAAAGCCCAAAUCAAAAAUGAAUGGACAAAACAAUGGGCAGAUGAGACCACCGGGAGAAAGGUGUGGAACGCAUUGAAAGAGCCAGCAUCAGCAUCAUCAGACGCAUGGUGGCGCCUAAAGAGGAUGGAACAGACCAUCAUCUCCAAGUUAAGGACCGGUCACUGCCCAACCAAUUCAUAUUUGCAUUUGAUGGGGAAGAUGGGCACAAGCCUCUGCAGGCACUGCGAAAGGGAUACAGAAACAAUUGAACACCUGUCGGUGUGUCCACACUUAUUUGAAGCCAGGGAAUUAUUCAUGCAAAACCAAGCUGGACCAGUAUUAUACGGAACAGAAGAACAAUUACGUAUGACAGCCAAUUUUUUCAACUACGCUUUAAACGAGUAGCGCCUUAAAGUAUGUGACGUCGCA